AUGGACCUUGGGUUGAGGCUACAAAGGCCAGAACUUCGGGCCCUCCGGCGAAGACUGCCCGCAAGCGCGGCCGGAGAUGCUGGAGCGGGCGAAGGAAGAAGCCAAGAUGGCAGAGGAGCAAGGGCAACGUGCCGCCAAGAAGGGCGCCAUUCCAACCGGCCCGCCGGGCCUUCCAACAGGAGUAGUGGUCGUCGAGCAGAAGUAUGUGGACUUCCUGCUCGGCCCAGGAGGCCAAUCCUUGGCAGCUAUCAAUCACGCUGCUGGGGUCAACGUGAACCUGGAUCAGACGCACAAGUUCUCGGGCUACAGCGUUGCCAACAUUUACGGGCCCGAGGACAGAGUGCGAAAUGCCAAGCUAGCUAUCGACUUCAAGCUUUCCCAGUGGCUGCCGCUCCAUGA